AUGGAGCCCGGCGGGGACCACCGGAGCCGGAGCGGCGGCGGCGGCGGCAGGGGCGGCCCCGGGCCCGCAGUGUCCUCGGCACGGGGCCGACGGCUGCCGCCCGCUGCGGCGAGCGGCGGCGCGGAGCCCGAGGAGGACGACGGCGAAUGUGUCUCCCUUUUCCCUUCUUCAGGACAAGCUCUUCAGCUGGAAGGGGGUGCCUUGGGGUCCUGGGGAAGUACCCCCCUACCCUCCUCCAGGGCCAGGGGACCAGCAUCUUCAGGCAGGAAAUACUCAGAUCAUUGUGAGGCUCGGGCCUCGAGGCCUGGAAAGAGCCGCAUCCCUGGCAGGGACCAUCGUCGCUACUACCAUGACCACUGGCGACUGGAGUACCUGAUGGAUUUCAUUCCCUCCCGGCACGGCAUGGUGUGUAUGGUGUGUGGCAGCUCCCUGGCCACCCUCAAGCUCAGCACCAUCAAGAGGCACAUCCGCCAGAAGCACCCCUACUCCCUCCAUUGGAGUCCCCGAGAGAAGGAAGUCAUCAGCAGCAGCUGGGAUGCCCAUCUGGGGCUGGGGGCCUGUGGUGAGGCUGAGAGCCUGGGGGCCCAGGGGGCUGAGGAGGAGGAGGAGGAAGAUGAAGAGGAGGAGGAGGGGGCCAACCUUCAAGCUUGCCCACCCAAGGGCCCAGGCAAAGCCCCAGCUGGUGGGGGCUGCCGGCGCCAGCGGCGAGGGGUUCGAGGGGGCCCAGUGGCCCCUCGGCGCCGGCGGCUCUCGGCCUCCCGAAGGGCUGGGGGCAGCAGGGGGCUGGGGGCCCGGCGCCUGGAGCGGAGGCUGAAGGAGUCCCUGCAGAACUGGUUCCGGGCCGAGUGUCUCAUGGACUACGACCCACGGGGGAAUCGGCUGGUGUGCAUGGCCUGUGGCCGGGCACUGCCCAGCCUGCACUUGGACGACAUCCGUGCUCACGUGCUGGAGGUGCACCCCAGCUCCCUAGGGCUCAGUGGCCCCCAGCGCAGUGCCCUGCUGCAGGCCUGGGGUGACCAGCCUGAGGCUCUGACCGAGCUCACCCAGUCCUCACCAGACGAUGACCUCGUCCCCCAGGACCUGACCAGAAAGAGCCGGGACUCGGCCCCCGCUGCUGGAGCCCCCUCCUCUCAGGAUCUCAGCCCCCCAGACGUAAAGGAAGAGGCUGGCUGGGUGCCUGAGAGGCCCGGGCCGGCAGAGCAGGAGGAGGAGGAGGCGGAGGAGGGCGAGGGCGAGGGCGAGGGCGAGAGGGCGGGCAUCCCGGUCCGGCCUCGGAGGGGCCGAGACCAUCGCCGCCACUACCAGGAGCGCUGGCGGCUGGAGUACCUCAUGGAGCUGGACGGCUGCCGGCGCGGCCUGGUGUGCAUGGUGUGCGGGGGCGCGCUGGCCUCGCUCAAGAUGAGCACCAUCAAGCGACACAUCCGCCAGCGCCACCCGGGCUCCACCAGCCUCAGCGGGCCAGUCAAGGCCCUCAUCGCCCAGGAAUGGAGCGAGAAGGCUGCACACCUGCUGGCUUUGGGGCUGCCCAGCCCGGAGUCCCCCAACGACCCUGUCGCCCCCAGUGCAGCCUCGGCCUCUGAGGAGGGGGGAGGGGCAGAGGAGGCGGAGCCAGAGGAGGAGUGGUGGGGCGACGCGCCGGUGUCCCCCGGGGCACCAUCGGAGCGGCCGGCUGAAGAAGAGGAGGAUGAAGAUGACGGUCAGGAGCCUGGGGGGCUGGCCUUCCCGCCGCUGCCAUUGCCCCCGCCGCCCCCGCCCCCGCCGCCGCCGCCGCGCAGCCGGGAGCAGCGGCGCAACUACCAGCCGCGCUGGCGGGGCGAGUACCUGAUGGACUACGACGGCAGCCGGCGCGGCCUGGUGUGCAUGGUGUGCGGGGGCGCGCUGGCCACGCUCAAGGUGAGCACCAUCAAGCGACACAUCCUGCAGGUGCAUCCCUUCUCCAUGGACUUCACCCCGGAGGAGCGCCAGACCAUUCUGGAGGCCUAUGAGGAGGCUGCACUGCGCUGCUACGGCCACGAGGGCUUCGGGCCACCGGCCCCGGCGCCGCGGGACGGCAGUGCAGACCUGAAGCCGGGCGCGGUUUGUCGCGCGUAGCACUCGCCCUGCGCUGGCCUGGCCCUUGGGCUGAGAGACCCUGAUGUCAGGCGUUGGGCUCCCCCUCCCCGCUGGCCGGGCUGGACCGGGGUUGCGGAUGGGGAGGCGCCGCCACUGUCCCCGGUGGCACUCUGAUGUGCCGCUAGCCCCUGCGCUGCUGGUGCACACUGGCCCCGG